AUGUCGCCCAGCUUGACUGAAGCCAUCCCUCAGGGGCACAUCUCAGAGAAGAAGACCGUAGCCACUUCUGUUCAAAAGAUUCAGCCUGAAGCAGGACCUGUUCUAGAACCAUUUUCGGCUCCGGCUCUAGUCGAUGGCGUCUUAAGGGAUACCCAGGAGGUUGAUAUUCACACCCAAACCUCGGAAAAAAUCCUUGCUGUUCUCAAGCCAUACCACCUAACCAAGUCGGUUGAUGUGAAUGAUCGCUGGGAACUGGGUGCUAUCAAAUUCAUUUCUGUGAUCCGCAACUUCGUCAGCAAGGGACAAACGGUGCAGAUGUGUCUGCCCGCCUUUCCAUGGAAGUCUGCCAACAAGGUCUAUAAGGUGCUCGGCACGCUCCCUGACAAAGCCGAGGAGUUGGCCCUGAAACGCUUGAAUGGCAUAUGCGAGGCUAUUGGUGAGGUGUAUAAACCCGGGGCAGAGCUACUUAUUAUUUCGGACGGGCUUCUUUACAAUGAUCUCUUCACUAUCCCAGACCGUGAUGUUUGGGCAUAUGGUGAAGGUCUGCGGGCUCUUGCUGCUGAGAGUGGCUGCACCCACAUUCGCUUCACUCGUCUCAAGGACCUCGUCAACAUCCCGAACCUCCCGGAUAAGCUGGAGGAAAUUACAUACAUAGCCAAUGCUUUGAACUUCCGACUGGCACUGCUGAACCGGUACGGCAAAACGGACCUUGACGUGACAAAGGAGAUAGCCGAGAAAGAUGACACACGGCUGACGUACUGUGGCUACUCGCGCUUCCUGGAGAACGAUCUCCAGUACAUCUUCAAAGUCGGCGGGAAUAUGAGCCGUCGCAAGUAUCGCAGGGAUGUCAAGUAUGUGGCGAAGCAGAUGAUUUACCGCGGAUACGCGUUCGGAAUGGCAAUAAAUGAGAACUUCCCUGACUACCUCCGUCUCAGCAUCCACCAGUCCACGGGCGAACACAAGGUCUCUAUCAACUUGUUGCCGACAAAGACUUCUUAUACCACCCCAUGGCACUGUAGCGUGGCGUUGCUAGCUGACGGAAGCUUCACUAGCGGACCAAAGGGUGACUUUGAGGAUAAUCCCAAGUUUGAACUUGUCUAUGAGAAAGAUGGACGGCCGAGUUAUUUCAGGGAAAUGGAGACUGGGGCUGUGGAGGAUGUGGACGAUUACUAG